GCCACUGUCUCACCCCACGAUGCCACUGUCUCACCCCACGAUGCCACUGUCUCACCCCACGAUGCCACUGUCUCACCCCACGAUGCCACUGUCUCACCCCACGAUGCCACUGUCUCACCCCACGAUGCCACUGUCUCACCCCACACGAUGCCACUGUCUCACCCCACGAUGCCACUGUCUCACCCCACGAUGCCACUGUCUCACCCCACGAUGCCACUGUCUCACCCCACGAUGCCACUGUCUCACCCCACGAUGCCACUGUCUCACCCCACGAUGCCACUGUCUCACCCCACGAUGCCACUGUCUCACCCCACGAUGCCACUGUCUCACCCCACGAUGCCACUGUCUCACCCCACGAUGCCACUGUCUCUCCUGUGAAUCUCAGAGCCCUCGAAGUUAACCACCACCCGAACCACAGGAUGUAAAGCUCUGCAGUCGGGGCCCAGGCGCAAGGUGCCAGACGGAGAUGGAUACAUGCCACCAUGGCUGCUACUGCUGCUGGAUGAGAACACAUCCCUAGAGAAGAAAACAGUAAAGCCUGGUGUAGACCAGUCAGGCAUGCUGGAGAGAGCCAAGGAGCAUUACCGGGAUGUGAAGAAGGUUCUGAACAUCCCAAUGGAGUCAGUAGUGUUUGAAAAGAGAAAGAACCGAGAGGAGAGGAUGAGAAAUCUUUUCAAUGCUCUAAUGGCCUCAAAGUCCGACGCUGGUCUGUCCUCACUCCUUACCUCUCUGAAGAGUGGGCUGAAGGAGCCCAAAUCCACCACUGGUCUCUGGUUUGCGACACUGCAGAGUGAUGCCACAGAAUUGUCUGGAGACAGAGACUCCCAAUACAACCUCAUACUGCAAAAGAUCUCAGAGUUUCAAAGCUUCUCCAACAAAAAGCUCCCCUACUCCAAGGAGAAGUUCUGUCUCCUGGUCCUCUCCAUGUCACCCAAUCAGCUGCUUCGACCGGCCAUGCAGGAAGCACUGCUCUUCCUCACGGAGAACGUGCUGCUGUUGUUGCCGCGGCAACUCAAACAGUGGUACCAGUACCUAAAGCUCCCCUUCCCCACCACGGCAACCGCCUCCUGAAAAAGAAAAGGGAUCCACCUACUUGCACUCUCUCUGUUCUUCACUACCUGUCUACAAUGUGGGCCUGGGACUUACAGGCCUGGGUCUGAAAUGGCUCCUUAUCCUCAACAUAGACCCGUAAUAUUGGGGAAUAUAGUCAUUUCAGACAGCCCUGGGUUCUUGGUGGGAUAGCCAGUGUUGGGGGCUCAGGUCAAGACGAUCUGUUAACUGGUUGAGACAUUAAAACCUGUUAAAGAUUAGAGAAAAACUAAACUUUUUUUUUGUAAUGUUUUUGAAUGUUAAGUAGGGUUGUGAAGCCCCAUCUUUUAUAUUAAUAAUAUAUAUGAGAGAACUAGCGCAGUUCCUCUGGCUACAGACCAUGAAAGUGGAACAUAAAUAUUUAAGUACCUAGCAGAACAUGGGAAUAACCACAGAACCACUGGUAUGUCUUCAUCUAC